GAUAAAUAUCCACUAUAUUUUACUACGCCCAAUAUAUUACACCCCACCAAUCCAGCUUGGUUAUUUCCUUCGCAUCCAUUCACCAUGCACCCCCGGCACCCGCUUCUAUCCCGCUGGUUCUCCCAAGCAAUGCAGGGCGUCCCGCGAUCACCGAUGUCAAGAACAACAACAACAGCAGUCAAAACCCCCUCGAUCCUCCAGCAACUCUCAAACGCAAGCCGCCUGCGACAACCGUUCAGCACCACCGCCACCAAACGCACCACCCCCCACCUCCAGAGCCGCACCCUCCCGGGCCGGAUACACCUCAAGGGCAAUGGCAGCUUCCAGCGCCGGUUCUUCUUCUCGUCGCGGGCCAAGAACUCCUCGCAGUCAGGGCCGGCGCCGUCGCUCUCGCAGCGCCUAAAGACCCUCUCCAAGGAAUACGGCUGGUCGGCGCUGGGGGUGUACCUGCUUCUCUCGGCGAUGGAUUUCCCCAUCUGCUUCCUGGCAGUGCGUUGGCUGGGCGUGGAGCGGAUCGGUCGCUACGAGCACAUGCUCGUGGAGUCGGCCAAGGAUGCUAUGCAGCGGGUGUGGCCUCGCAGUGAGGAGGAAGCUGCUAGCGAGGAGGCUCAGGAGCAGCCUAGCCAGGAGGAACAGAAGAAAGGGGAAGCGAGUAUGUUAUCAUCCAUUUCCUCCUCUCUUCUCCCUUAAAACUAUAUGCGUUUCGUCCUUGAAAGAGUGCAGUGUACUAACCUCCAUGUCAGGUCUCUGGACACAAGUCAUGCUGGCUUACGCCAUCCACAAAAGCCUCAUCUUCAUCCGAGUGCCCCUCACCGCAGCCAUCACCCCCAAGGUCGUGAAGACCUUGCGGCAAU